AACAUGUCUAGGAGCAUUUUAGUUACUGGUGGAGCUGGGUAUGUGGGAAGCCACACAGUUGUUCAACUUCUGUUGGGAAGAUUCAAGGUGGUUGUCAUUGACAUUCCAAACUCUCCCUUAGAAAUUGUCCUCAAAAGAGUUGCAAAACUCGCCGGAGAAUUUGGCAAGAACCUUGCCUUCUAUCAGAUGGAUCUGCGGGACAAACCAGCAUUGGAGAAACUUUUUGCUUGCACAAGUUUUGAUGCUGUUAUUCACACUGCCGGAUUGAAAGCUGUGCGUGAAAGCGUGAAAAAUCCAUUGCUUUAUUAUAACAACAACGUCAUUGGUACAAUAAAUCUUUUGGAAGUCAUGGUUUCCCAUGGAUGCAAAAAGCUUGUAUUUUCAUCAUCAGCUACUGUUUAUGGGUGGCCAAAGGAAGUUCCAUGUACAGAGGAUUUUCCCCUCUGUGCAGCGAAUCCAUAUGCACGAACCAAGCUUUUCAUGGAGGAAGUUUGUCGUGAUAUCUACAGUUCAGACUCGGAAUGGAAAAUCAUAAUACUUAGAUAUUUUAAUCCAGUUGGGGCACAUCCCAGUGGAAGUAUUGGGGAAAAUCCCAGUGGAACCCCAAACAAUCUCGUGCCUUUCAUACAACAAGUGGCUCUUGGCAGGCGACCUGAGCUGACAGUGUUCGGAAGUGACUAUUCAACAAAGGAUAGAACUGGGGUUCGGGAUUACAUUCACGUUGUUGACUUAGCAAAUGGACACCUUGCUGCAUUACGCAAACUAUUUGACUCCAACAUAGGCUGUGAAGUUUAUAACUUGGGAAGUGGUAAAGGAACAUCAGUCCUAGAGUUGGUUUCUGCAUUUGAGAAGGCCUGUGGAAAGAAAAUCCCCCUGCUCAUGGCUGGGCGACGACCUGGUGAUGCUGAAAUUGUUUAUGCAUCAACAGACAAAGCAGAGCGCGAGUUGAAUUGGAAAGCCGAAUACGGGAUUGAAGAGAUGUGCCGGGAUCAAUGGAACUGGGCAAGCAAGAACCCUUUUGGAUAUGGAUCACCUGAUCACUCAACAAGUCAAAAAACAUCAAGUUCUUGA